AUGGCAUCUUUCGUCGAGGACCUGUGGUCCAGCGUAUUCACGCCUGGCCCAACACCCACUCUCCUUGUGGCCACCAACGCAACAUUCGCCGCACUCCAACUCGUCCUAUUCCUCCUUCUCAUCGCGACAUCCAGUAUCCACUUUGUUGUUCUCUCGUUUCUCUCCGGAGCGCUGUGGUGGUCCAUCAACUGGUUUGCUAAGGAAGUGCGUCAAGAACAGGCACGCCAAGAGGAGGAGAAGAGGAAACAAGAAGCUUUGGAACAGGAAACAUCCGGGACUAGCAAGUUGAAUACCUCGGCGGAUGCCAAUGAUUCCGAGACCGAGACGGAGGUCGAAGGACUGUCGAAGACUAGGAGACGCCGAGUCAACCAGCCUGAGACGGCAACCCUCUCCCCGGAAAGUGCAUCACAGUCGAAUAAAUCCAGUAACAAUGCCCCCAGCCAAAGGAAGACCAGCGAAGGGGAGAGCUCCGGUUAUAUAAGCACGGAUAGUGAAUGGGAAAAAGUGGACAAAGAUAGGUCAAAAUAA